CUUUUAAAUGUCUUUCAAUGUCUCUCUCUGUCUGUCUCUCUAGGAGACGAUGAAGCAGCUGACGUGGUUGGCGGCGGAGCGACGUCUCUGUGCAGACGGAGACUCGGAGGAAGACCACUCCCCCACCUCUCAGGAGGAAGAGGAGGAGGAGGAAGAGGAGGGGCCUAAAGAGGAGGAGUCUGGAGAGGGGCGGGGCAGAAAGGAGGGAGGAGACGAGGAGACGCCGGCGGGAGAGGAGACCCCUCGAGGAGGAGCAGAAGGACGCUGUCUGGGACGGGGACGAGCAGGACGGAGCCGUCCUCUCCGCGGUCUGAGGAGAAGUCGUCCUGAGCGUCACAGUAAAGACGCUGCGAGACUCCUGCUGCUGUACGACGAAAACAUCGUCAACACCGACCCGCACAGAGAGAGCAAAGACAUGGCGUUCGCCCAGAGCUACCUCAGCCGGGUGCGCGAGGCGCUGCAGGACGUACCUGGCCAGGUGGAGGAGUUUGUGUCUCUGCUGAACGACUUUGAGCAACUGGGCAGCGGACAGGAAAUUAUGUCAUUGUUCAGGAAGCUGCGCUGCAUCCUGGGAGAUCGGACUGACCUGCUGCGAGACUUUGCCGCCUUCCUGCACCCGGAGCAGGCGCUGCAGUGUGGACUGGUACGCAGGAUCACGUAACGAAGCAGAACACAGGUUCCAGAGCGGCUGCUU